CCCCCGCGGUCCCCGGCGCGCUGCAAGAUGGCGGCGGGAGCCGAGCGCGGCGCGGCGCUGCCCGCGGAGCCGCCGCCGCUGAGCGCCGAGGAGGUGGCCAGGCGGCUGGCGAGCACCCGCCGCGAGCUGGGCAACCGCCGCAAGAUCCUGCUGCGGAACCUGCCGGCCGAGAGCAGCAGCCAGGAAAUCCACGACUUGUUUAAAGACUAUGAAAUCAAGUAUUGUUAUGUGGACAGGAAUAAAAGAACAGCAUUUGUCACCCUGUUAAACGGGGAGCAGGCCCAGAGCGCCAUCAGGAGGUUCCACCAGCACUCCCUGCGAGGGAAGGAGAUCUCCGUGCAGCUGCAGCCCACGGACGCUCUGCUGUGCAUCACCAACCUGCCCCUUUCCCUCAGGAUAGAGGAGUUUGAGGAACUGGUGCGUGCCUAUGGCAACGUGGAGAGGUGUUUCCUGGUCUACAGCGAGCUCACCGGCCAUUCCAAGGGCUAUGGAUUCGUGGAGUACAUGAAGAAGGACUCUGCUGCCAAGGCCAGGCUGGAGCUCCUGGGCAAGCAGCUGGAGGAGAGCACUCUGUUUGCACAGUGGAUGGAUGUGAACCAGCUGACCACAAACCUCAUUCACUCCAAGUGCCUUUGUGUGGAUAAAUUACAAAAAGACUGCGCUGAUUCGAAAGAGCUGCUCCAGGCUUUCUCCCUGAAGUACAAACCUGUGUUCUGCCAGUUUGCCCAGGACGAGGACGGCGGCAGCGGAGACUUUGCCGUGGUGGAGUACGAGAGCGCGGAGCAGGCGGAGAGCGUGCGAGGGGCCAUGGACGGGGUGACCAUCAACGGCAGGAGGGUCCAGGUGUCCUUCUGUGCCCCUGGAGCACCAGGCAGGAGCACCUUGGCAGCUCUGAUAGCAGCACAGAGGAUGAUGAGGAACAAUAGGAAAGGCUUGCUUCCAGAGCCAAAUCCAGUGCAGAUCAUGAAAAGUUUUAACAAUCCAGCAAUGCUGCAGAUGCUGCUGCAGCCCCAGCUGCGUGGCCACGCUGUUAAACCUGUUCUUGGAGCAUCUGCAGGUUUACCUCACCUCAUAAAUUCAGCAGUUGGGCCACCUUUUUUGCAGUUGAAUAAAGUUCAUCAGGGCUCAAUUCUGGGGAGCACCUCCAGCCUGCUGCUGCAGAGCCCUGCUCACCUGCCCCUGCCCCAGCAGCAGCUCCUGAAGAUGGAAAACAUGCAGGCAAACAGUAAACCAGGUUUGCUGGGAGAGCCUCCAGCAAUGCUCCUGCAGACAGUGCUGGGCAUAGGGGUGAUGCCAGCAGUGAACUCAGGCCUGGCAACACGAGGAGAAGCUCUCAAGUCCUCUAACCCAGCUCCCAUUCCAGCAGCAGCAGCAGGGAUGGGCAUGCUGCCAUUCUUCCCAAAUCAGCACAUUGUUGGACAAGCUCUUCCCGGGCCCAACGCUGCUGCAGACAAAGCCGAGGCGGUGCCGGGAGCGCCGCCCUUCCCUCAGGCACUGCCCAGCCUCCCCGGGGCUCUGCGGGCUGCGCACGGCAAAGCUCCCGGGCAGCCCAAGAACUGCGACUCCAGCCUGGCGACUCCCUUGAAAAAACAGACUUCUCUGCUUGGGGAGCCCCCAAAAGAAAUUCGCCUGAGCACCAACCCCUACUUGAAUUUGGCAAGUGUUCUGCCUGGUAUCUGUCUGCCAGCAGCAAUUGCCAGCAAAGCCUCCAGUCCUCCACAGCAGACCAGCCUUCCAAACAGUGUCAUGGAUGCUGCUGUGUCUCAGGGAACUGCAUCACAACAUGCAAUGGAAAAUUAUUUCAGUUAUUCCCAGCAGCCUGGGGAGUACCCACAGGUGGCCCCAAAGCGCAGCUCCUCGUACCUCGUGUCCUCCCCCGAGCCCGGCCCCGUGGAAUUCCCGGCUCCCGGCGGCGCCGCGCGCUACUCGGAGUCCUCCCUGAAGAAGAAGCGCGUGUACUGACCCACUGCCUCGGCUCCAUCGAUCCCCAGCCCGGCCGGGGCAGGGAAGGCAGCUGGGAAUCCCUCUGUAUUUAUUGCUGCCUUAACUUCCCACAAGGAGCUCUUGCUGUGUGCGGUGAGUGUCCCAGGAGGAGCCAGCUCUGUCCGGGCACAGCCAAGGACAAAGGGGACAAAGGGGGCGGCUGCUCUCACUUGGAGAGGCGGGGACAGUGUUGGCUUUGUCACCCGUGGGCUGAGGGACAGAGCACAGGGACUUGGGGAGCUGGGGCAGCUCCAGCUGAAAGCAAUAAAAACCCAGAGGAAAGAAAGCUGAUCCUUUCUCCAGUCCUCAGCCUGAGGAAGUUAAAAGAGGAAGUCUUGAUAGUAAUUAUUUUGUAUUUUUUUAACUCAGAAUGUGGGGGUUUUUUUCCCAACUUUCCUUUUUCCAGGAUUAAGAGCUCUGCAUUUACAGCCUUUCAAUUUUUAGUAUUUCUUCUUACUCCUGGAAUGGAGCGAUACCAAAUGGAUUCCCAGAGCCUCGGUGAUGUUCUCAGUAAAUGCCUGUUCAAAGGGAGAUGCUAUCCUGUGCUGCCUUGGAAUAUUCCCUGGGAUUUGGAGAGCUGCUCCUUGGACAGUGGAAUAACUUUGUUUUUAGGCUGAGAAUCCACAGCUUUCCCAUGGAGGAAGUAAAUCCCAGUGUGAGGCAGCAUCCUCCUUCCACAGGUGUGGGACAGCUCAUCCCGGGCCACCCCACAUUGUUUCCCACUUUUGAGUGUAUUUUCCUUUUUUUUUUUUUUUUUUUUAAGACUUUUUGUAUUUUUAGCUUAUUAUCAGCUCUGCCUCGAGUUGUUCUCUUCUGCCCUUGGAGCUGGAGAUCAGCAAUCCCUCCUUUUGCCAUCAGUGACAGGUAAAUGAGGAGCCAGCCCUCAUUCCAAGGCUUUGCCCCCUGCAAAUCCAUUUGGAUGGCCAGGAGCCACCUCCUCCUCCCUCUUCUUUGCUAGAGAACACUGAAGCCAUUUUUCAAUACUGAUUUUUUAAAAUUUAAAGUCUUAAACUUUUGCCUUUCAAGCUUUGGGAUGUGACCAGGAUCCACAUUUUCAAAGCUUAAAAAAAUCCCAAUCAAAUUCCCUCUUCCCUCAGCUGCUGGAACUGCUCCCCAAACAGGAGCCAGGAGCUUUUCUGGGAUUCUGCUUGUAUGUAUUGAUAAAUUCACUUGUAAUAUUUUGUUCCAACUGUUUGUAUAUGCAACUUUCUCAACUUGUUACACUUUUCAAUGAAAAUAAAUUGUUGGUACUUA